AUGGAUCCUCCUACUGAAGGAACAACAAAUCCUGAAGCGGUCACUGACCAGGCAACUAAUGUAGAAGAUCUCGGAGUACAGGCCAGUCUUGAAUCUCCAAAGCCAGCUGAUUCCACGACUCCCUCAGAACAUGGAGAAAGUCCAAAAGCUUCCCAAUCCGAAUCCUCGGAGCCUCUGUCCCCAGAGGCUGUCUUACUUAAACAGCAGCUGGCUGAGAUGAGUCCACUGUACCUUCCGCGCGAAUUUCAGAUGCUUCCAGAUACCUUUGAUGCAGGGCUAUUCCCCAGAACUUACAGACGCAAUACUGAUAGGGAGGUGCGUUUACUAAUGUACGCCGACAACUUUCAGAGACAAUAUGCUCACCUUUUUCGCGAUCGUACACGUCUCUUUCUUGCCCCCAAAAAUGAAUGCAACGUCCGCAAAUUUGUCUGCACUACCAUUCGACCAACAAAAUUGCCCUACCCGGAACUCUACGACUGGUCGGGAAUCGCUUCUUUUGUAGCAGACUUCCUCGACUUCUGCCCCCUUGUGCCUUCCACCGAAUUGCCUUCUAGACUGCUUAGUCCAUCGACAACACUCUCUUUACAAAGAGGAACCUGCUUUGAGUACUCAACCCUUCUUUGUUCUCUCUUAAUCGGAGUUGGCUACGACGCCUAUGUGGUUUGCGGCUAUGCUACACGUGAGUGCUGCUACAAGGACGAGUCACGAAGCCAGUGCCCUCUGCUGUUUGAAAUACCUAAGCCAGUGAAGAUGUACGAGGAGGUGCAGCCUAAAAAGUACCAAGUCAAACCCGCCAAGGACUUCUUUUCCAAGUACGACCUGAGCGUUCAGGUAAAGAAGCUAAUGGACGAGAAGAAUGAGGCGCUAGAAAAAGCCGAGGCGGACAGACAGGAGCUUGAGAAGAAGGAAGAACCCCUGCCGGAUCCCCUGUACGGUCUCAGGGUGCACUGUUGGGUUCUGGUGCGUCCGGGGCGUCGGAAUAUUGACGAGGCCUUCUUUAUUGAACCCCUCACUGGCCUGGAAGUCGAUAUUGACACGAAGAUGUACCUGGGGGUUGAGAGUGUCUGGAACAACGUUAAUUACUGGGCCAACAUGCAGGAUUGCUCAAAUGGCAUUCAGGAGAUGCGCUAUGACCUGACCGACCUUGACGACUGGGAAUACGUGCUGGCGUCUGGAACGCUACAGGAGUUGCUCAUGCCAGAGGGUGAAAAUCUGACGAAUAUCAUGACAAAACCGCUGAAAGUCGGUGAGACGUUGGCGGGCUUUGAGGUUGGUCUUGACUACGGCUUCAAGGGUAAAGACGAAGACGUCGCGAGCAAACAGGGCUAUCAUGGUGGCCCCGAUCGUGAGCACCCAAAGCCGAAAGCCGAUCUCAUGGACAAACUCCUUCUCAUCAAUCUCCCCAUCUCCUGGACUAAGCCAAUCACGUUGUCUCAGGCGCAGUACGACCGGCGAUUCGCCAAUCAGCGAAAAGAGAUUGUCUACAAUCGGGCUAGACUAAUCAAGUACUCGCCGUAUUCUAGAGCAAACGGCCUCGUGACCCACUUGACUGUCUACUCGGAUCGCGAGAUGCAAGAUCCGAUCGAGGAGCGAGAGUACUUUGAGAAUAGGCUAGACAAACUCUUGAUGCGCACGACGAAUCUGAAGACGUCGUGGGUUGUGGAGAAGUUUGACCAUGGUCGAAUGGACUACCAGUUGAAAGAACACGGCUUCCAUGCAAACAAGGCAACCCCCGAUUCUACCCGGUACAUGGAAUUUUAUGACAAACUGCGAACUGACGGACUGGUUAAACGCGAGAGGAAGGGAAAUGUAAUGAAGGAGUGGUACAACAAUCGCCAGGAUCGACUGAUCUACAGGGAAACGCAGUUUGGCCGGACGGUCAAAAAAUUCGGACCCCCGGUUAUUCCCAAGUCCGGAUCCCAAGGAAAUUUUGACGCGACGAAAGUAACUAAACAGAGCUAUGUGAAAAUUGACGUAAUAACCGAACGUUUUGCUCGGAAUCCUAAUCUACCUGCUGACGAAGAUGUGGAAGAGCGGGUUUUUAAUAUAAUUGGAGGGAAAUACCUACUUUCGUACCACAUUGCUGACACCAACAUCUUUCCCUGCACCCGGGAAUUUCUCAAGCCAACUGACACCGGCGACAGACGCCAAAACAUUGAGCUAUAUUCCGACACCCACACUGCAUUUCAUCCGACACCGAAUCCGCCGAAGAAGACAAACGUCGAGAUCUACCAGAUGCUUCUUCAAUUGAUGGAUCUUGAAAAAGUAGCCAAAGAGAGGUGUCGAGCCUCAGAAAGCGAGGUUGUGGCCAUCCUGAAGAAACGGACGGCAGAAGAAGCUAAUCCAGGUCUUGAGGUUGGCCUGUGGGACACUCUACGGAACGAAGACAUGCACAAUCUCCGUGUUGCCCUGGAGAAAUACGCUGAGCAGGAGCGCAACCGACAGAAGGAGAAGGAUCUCGAUUACCUGGGCCCCUACUUCCACAUGCGCAACACCGACGGCGAAAAUCUGUCGCGUGAGGAAGCCUUUGCAAUCCGCGAGGCGUGCCUCCAAGACCUCAAAGAUCGCCUGACCAAACGCGCGCACAUCAUCCAGUCGCGUUUCGAGAUGGAGACGGAGGCGCUUCAAAAGAAGCAACAGUGGUUCCAACUGAAUCAGAUCAAUCUCACCAAGGACGACGAAGACGCCUACCUGCAGUACUGCAACGACGCCAUCUUCAAGAUCACCACGCUGGAGGCCAUGCUGAUGAAGCACAAACAGACUGCCCCGCAAAAAUACAUGCAGCUCGAGAAACAGCUCAGGUCUGAUCCGCGGUUGUCGACAUUUUUGCGGACAAAUUGA